AUGUCUCUGACAGGGAAAGUCAUCGCCAUCACGGGCGCCUCCAGCGGGAUUGGCUUGGCUACAGCUCGGCUGUUGGCAUCUCGCGGAGCGAUCCUCUCGCUGGCUGAUCUGAACGAAGAAGGCUUGAAGCGCGCUGCCCAGGAGCUCCCAACCACUGGCGGCCAAAGCCACCUGACUACCGUAGUAGAUGUUCGCAAGGGUGACCAAGUUGAGGAGUGGAUUCGCAGCACGGCUACUAAACUGGGAAACCUCAGCAGUGCCGUCAAUCUAGCUGGCGUUGUUACCGACGGCGUGGUUAUUACUGAGGAGACCGACGCACACUGGGAUAUCCUCAUGGACGUCAAUGCCAAAGGGGUUUUCAACAGCAUGAGGGCUCAACUAAAGCAUAUGAGCAAUGGAGGUUCCAUCGUAAAUGCUGCCAGUGUCGCUGGCAAAGUGGGAGGCCCGACCUGGUCCAUCUAUGCGGCAAGCAAGCAUGCAGUCAUUGGCAUGACAAAGUCGGUGGCCAGAGAGGUCGGUUCCCGGGCCAUUAGAGUCAAUGCGAUUGCCCCUGGAGCUAUCAACACACCCAUGACGCAAGGCAUGGAGCAGCGAGGGUCUCAGGUUCCCACGUCUGCCCAGGCCCUCGACAGAAAGGGGGACCCAAAAGAGGUGGCACAGCUGAUUGCGUUUCUGGUGAGUGACGAGGCGAGUUUCAUCACCGGAGCGACGUAUAAUGUAGAUGGAGGCCAUCUGUGCUAG